CCCUUACAGAGCAUCGGUGUCCUAACAGCUUUGCUGGUUUCUUCUUUCAGCCGGCUCUUUCUGCUCCGCGCUCCGAGGAGACACACGGCUCUCCAAACGCACCGCUGUCUGUUUGCUCAGCGAGAAUCGUCGGAAAGAUAAAAGAAGCUACUAGAGAUUCAAAGAGGAUUAUAGUUUCGGGACUGCAUCAACAGGAGAGCCUUCGCAACAAACAGGUGAGCCAUGACAUCACUGCUGUUACUGUGUUUCUGUCUUCGGGUAAUCUCAGCAAACUGGAUCUAUCCAAACGAUAUGUAUACAGAAUAUGAAAGGACUCUGAGUGUUAGUAUUCCCACUGAACCUCUUCUCAAACCCUUAAUGGGAGAUACAUUGGUUCUGCCCUGCUAUUUCCAAGACAACACAGUAGCUGACCCAGGUGCACCCACCAUAGCCCCUUUGUCCCAUCGUAUCAAAUGGAGCAUCAUCACCGAAGAGAAGACCACAGACAUUUUGGUGGCCACUGAGGGUGUAGUGGCAGUGAAUAAAAAGUAUACUGACAGGGUUCAAAUGGUGGCGUACCCCACCAGCACUACUGAUGCCACCAUUAAAAUCACUCAGCUUCUUUCAAAUGAAUCUGGAACAUAUCGCUGUGAAGUCAUGCAUGGAAUUCAAGACAGCUACAAUUCUGUUGAAGUCCAGGUGCAAGGCAUUGUGUUCCAUUACAGAGCCAUUACUUCACGCUACACCCUGACAUUUGAAAAGGCACAGGAUGCCUGUAUUCAGAAUAGUGCUGUAAUUGCCACACCAAUGCAGCUACAGGCCGCAUAUGAUACAGGGUACCACCAGUGUGAUGCAGGCUGGCUUUCUGACCACACUGUAAGGUAUCCUAUCCAUGAUCCCCGAGAGGCCUGCUAUGGUGACAAAUAUAAAUUCCCAGGAGUGAGAACAUACGGAGUGAGGGAUGCAAAUGAGACCUAUGAUGUGUAUUGCUUUGCUGAGAAGAUGUCAGGGAGGGUGUUCUAUACAAGGGGCCCUGAAAAGUUCACCUUUGCUGAAGCUCAGGCUGCAUGUGCUAAGCUGGAUGCUAAAUUAGCCACAACUGGCCAACUCUAUCUGGCAUGGAAAGCUGGUAUGGAUGAAUGUAAUGCAGGCUGGCUGGCAGACCGUAGUGUCCGCUAUCCUAUCAACAUUGCCCGUCCCCAGUGUGGAGGAGGUCUGCUGGGAGUGCGCACUGUGUACCGCUUCAUUAAUCAGACAGGCUACCCUCUACCAGAAUCAAGAUAUGAUGCUAUCUGUUACACAGAAGAAGAGGAGGAGGGCUCAGCCACAUCCAUCUUCCCAGAUAUUCAGACUGCAGAGCCUACAAGUGAGGAACUAAGUGUGACUUUGGUGACAGCUGGUCCAGCAGUGUUUAUAUCACCGACUUCCAAUGAGAAUGAACUAAUUGGUGAGAUUGAAACCCACAAACCCCCAACCACAACUGUUGACUUCCUGUAUGUGGAGCAGAAUGUCACACAGCUGCCUCUGUCUUCACCACCAAGUGUCACUGAUGACACUGUAAACAUGGUGACUGUACAGCCUGACCUUGGAUUAGAGAUUCCAGAUGAAAAUACAACCGUACCUGUUAUGUCCCUGACUGGUGUUGUCUUCCACUACAGACUAGUCCACAGUCGCUAUGCUUUUACCUUUAUUGAGGCUCAGCAAGCCUGUCAGGACAUUGGUGCAGUUAUUGCUAGUCCUCAGCAGUUACAGGCUGCCUAUGAAGCUGGUUAUCACCAGUGUGAUGCAGGCUGGCUGAGUGACCAGACAGUAAGGUAUCCUAUCGUAUCGGCACGAGAGAAAUGUGCUGGUGAUUUGGAAGAUUUGGCAGGUGUGAGGUCUUAUGGUGUACGACCUACUGAUGAGCUCUAUGAUGUAUAUUGCUACAUGGACAAUCCAAGAGGGAAUGUCUUUCAUGUGAGUUCAUUUGAGGGUUUCACAUAUGAUGAAGCAAUGGCUUACUGCCAGGCCCAGAACGCCUCGUUGGCCUCCACAGCUGAUCUGUAUGUGGCCUGGAAGCAAGGCUUUGAUAAGUGUCGUGCUGGCUGGCUUAUCGACCGCAGUGUCCGCUAUCCAAUUAAUAAUCCCAGGCCUCAGUGUGGAGGAGGGAAACCUGGAGUCCAUACAGUCUUUAAGUUUCCCAACCAGACUGAAUAUCCUGAUGUGCACUCCAGAUUUGAUGCCUACUGCUUAGAAGUAGAUUUCAAAUUAGAUUUUAAUGAGACUGGAUCAAACAUGACAUAUAUUGAAGAGGAAGUGGUGAAGCUGACCUCAAGCAUUGACCUUGCAAUACCUGUGAAUCCCACUAUUACUCCUCCAAUGCCUGUGGAACUUUCUGGUUCUGGUUCAGCAGACCUGCCAUCUGGGGACCAGGAUUUUUCUGGUGAUGCAUCAGCCAGUGGAAGUGGGGAACAGCCUAGUGGGUCAUCAGGUUUUGUAGAACUUUCAGGAUCUGGACAACCUAGUGGUUCAUCAGGCUUAGGAGGAGAACUUUCAGGAUCUGGACAACCUAGUGGGUCAUCAGGUUUAGGAGGAGAACUUUCAGGAUCUGGCAUGCCAAGUUGGUCUUCAGGUUUAGGAGCAGAACUUUCAGGAUCUGGCGUGCCAAGUGGUUCUUCAGGUUUAGGAGCAGAACCUUCAGGAUCUGGCGUGCCAAGUGGUUCUUCAGGUUUAGGAGCAGAACUUUCAGGAUCUGGUGUGCCAAGUUGGUCUUCAGCUUCAGGAGGAGAACUUUCAGGAUCUGGACUGCCAAGUGGGUCUUCAGGUUUAGGAGGAGAACUUUCAGAAUCUGUACUGCCAGAUUGGUUUACAGGUUUAGGAGGAGAACUUUCAGGAUCUGGACUGCCAAGUGGGUCUUCAGGUUUAGGAAGAGAACUUUCAGGAUCUGGACUGCCCAGUGGGUCAUCAGGUAUAGAAGGUGAUUUUUCAGGAUCUGGAGACAUGUCUGGCUCAGGCCUUAGUGGUGAUGGCUUAGGCAUAAGUGUGACCUUCUCAGGAACUGGCACAAUAUUCUCUGGGGAUGCAUCGGCUUCAGGGACACCUCAGGAAGCUGGGGAGGGCAGUGCAGAGAUUCUCACUUUCAUGCCAGGUCUGGGUUCUGGCUUCUUCAGUGGGGAUGGGUCUGGGUCAGGAAGUGGCUCAAGUUUUGGUUCUGCAGAGAGUGGGUCUACGUCUGGAUUUUUCAGUAUCUUGGGAGAAAGCGGAAGUGGAGAACCUUCUGGCAUUUCUUCAGGCCUUGGUUCUAGUGGGGAGUUCUCUGGAUUCAGUGGUUUUCCAUCAGGUUUGACUUCCUCUGGAGAUGACAGUGGUUUCUCCGGGCUUAGUGGCAGUGGAAUAGUCAUGGUGAAAGGCCAGUGGGUGGAAGUGUCCACUGCUUCAACCCUCACAGCUCAGGAGCUGGGUGGAAGUCAAAUGCAUUUCAGUGGAUCUGGAGAUCAACAAGGGUCUGGUUUAAGUGGCUCUGGUGUGAGUGGAAGUGAUGAUUUAAGCAGCUCUGGAAGUGGGUCAGGAUUUCCUGCCAUCACCUUUUUUGAGUCAGGCCUUUCUGAUCUCACAGACCUAUCUAGCACAGAACAAGAGGCCUCUGGAAUUUUAAUGUAUGGAUCAGGGGAAGGGAGUGGUGACUUCUCUGGAGUCUCUGGUCUUCCAUCAGUAGAUACAUCAGAGGCAUCAGCCAGUGGGAAUGCUAUAUCAUUUACUGAUGAGAGCUUAGUGGAAGUUUCUUUUAGACCCAAUCAAAAUCAGGAGCUUAGAAAAGGACCAAUAGAGCACAGUGGGGGGGAGAGUGGAACAUUUCUGAGCAGUGGGGACCGACUUUCUACUAUUUCAAGUGAAGAUCACCAUGUAACGUCAUCCCCUAGUGAAGACCAAGUCCAAUCAACUGAUGAGCCAAGAGUUCUAGUUCCCUCUGGGCUGUUUGGUAACAGUGCAUGGUCCCAGGAAAUCACGUCAAAAGCUGAUGAUUUUGUGACUCCAGCACCUAUUUCUGGCACCACUACCAACCCUACCUUUUUGAUCCAGACCCCACCUGUCAUAGAGGUCCCAGCAAUGGUGAAUGCUGCUGUGGACCCAUGUAACCCAAACCCCUGUGGUGCUGCUGCCUGUUCUGUGCAGGAUGGGGUUGGCGUGUGUCACUGCCCACCUGGGGUGAAGGUGGAAGAGUGCCAUAUUGAGGUUGAUGUGUGCCAUUCAAACCCUUGUGCCAAUGGAGCUACGUGUGUGGAGGUACAGGAUGCUUUCAAAUGCUUAUGCCUGCCCAGCUAUGGAGGGGAUCGCUGUGAGAUCGACACAGAAACAUGUGAGGAGGGCUGGACUAAGUUUCAGGGUAACUGUUACCUGCACUUCCCGGAGAGAUCAACGUGGGAGGAAGCCGAACAACAAUGUCGAACCCUUGGAGCUCAUCUAGUCAGCAUCACCAACCAAGAGGAGCAAGAAUUUGUUAACUCCAAUGCACAGGAUUACCAGUGGAUUGGACUUAAUGAUAAGACUUUUCAGAAUGACUUCCAGUGGACAGAUGGAACCCCAAUGCAAUAUGAGAACUGGAGGCCUAAUCAGCCGGAUAAUUACUUUGACUCUGGCGAGGAUUGUGUGGUGAUGAUCUGGCAUGAAAACGGACAGUGGAAUGAUGUGCCUUGCAACUAUCAUCUACCAUUCACAUGCAAAACUGGACCAGUCACAUGUGGCCCACCUCCUGAACUGCAGAAUGCCAGAUGGUUUGGGACUAAAAAGGAACGCUAUCAGGUCAACUCAAUAAUCAGAUAUCAGUGCAAUGAUGGCUUUAGACAGCGCCAUCUACCUGUGGUCCGCUGCAUGGCAGAUGGACACUGGCAGAAGCCACAGGUGGAAUGCAUACCCCAAAUCAAAAAAAGACUACUGAAGAGAUCCAUUAGGCGUCGAUCUGCCAAGAAGACAUCAUUGAGGAAGCAUCUCAAAUGACUUAAGAGAAAAUAGUUAAGAGAUUUUUAAAAAAUCAUUUAAAUCUUAUUUUUCAUGGCCUUGAACUGAGAAUGCAUUAUGUAUUAAAAAGUGUUAUUUUAAGACACAUUUACAAACUGUAUAUAGUGUCACUCCCAACAAGUUGUAGUGCUUCGAUAAGAAUGGGAAAAAAGUAAUCUAUUUUGUGAUUCUUUUCAUCCACCUCAGCCACUUUAUUUAUGAAAGUAGUAUUUAUUCCCAUACUUAGUGUAAUUGGAUCUCUGAACUUGCACCUACAGUAUCAGCUGAAUUUUACAAAACCUUCCAGAGGAGGAUCUUUCAACCAGACAGUCUGGAAUUUUGUGGCAAAAGGGAACAGCUAAGAACUGUGUGCAAUCUUUCUUCAGAGAGGGACAAUGAAAUAGGUCCCUGGGUUUAAUUUUCUUGCUUUGAACACAGUUGUUUAGUUUGCAAGUUACCAAAAAAAUACCAAAAAGCAUUUACAGUACACAAGAUAGUACAUAAAAGAUUACUGAAGCAUUAUUUUCAUCUGUAGUCUAUAUGAGUGGAUAGUGAGUCUAGAAAAAAAAAAUGUAUAGCCAUAAAUAAGAAGAGGUUUACAUUCAACUAAUUUAUUUCAUACAAUUUAUCAAAAAAAAAGGUGUCAUUUUUGAUAUUUCUGAUGACAGUAAUGUGAAAUUAAGUGUAUUUAUUAAUUUCUCCUGGCAAUUUGACAUGGUUUGCCCAUCUCCUUAGGCCUAAAUUAUACAUUAAAAACGGCAACAGCAGUGCUUGAUGGCCAGAUCCUGUCAAACUGUCAUUUUGAACAUGAACAUGGAUAAUUUUUGCCAUAUAUUACCAUGUUUUUGUCUGAUAAUAAGCUGUGCAGGGCACAGUGCUGUGAGACCAGCAUCACCCUCUUUAAAUAGCUCUUAUUCUCAGUUCUCAUAAGACUCAGUGAUGUUUUCAUUUUCCUCUAAUGCUUUUUAGCUACAAUUAGUUAUGCCAUGUGCCUUAUGAAUGUCUUUCUUAUGAAAUAUCUGGUUCUUGGGUUUGUUUAAUAUCAUUUAGGGGCUGUGCCUCUCUUUUCCCCAAGCAUUGGGUAAACUCUUACAAACUCUAAUCAUGUUUUCAUUUUGAAUGUUGUACUAAUAAGUGCAGCAAAACACCGUAGAUAUCCAGGAAACACUCAGAUCAUUGUGUUGGAGAAAGAGAAUAAAGAGGUGAGACGAAGCCAUGCUGAUGAAGAGAAAUGUACACUGAGAGACGGAGGUUGCCAUCAGAUUUGACUGUUAUGUUUUCAGAUAUACACAGAUGACAUUACACAGCCUGUUUUUGCUUGAAUAAAUGUAUUUUUAAAAACAAAUUGAAGAGAUGAGAAAUACCAAAUAAAACAUUCCACAGAUCACUUUUAAA